AUGAAUGCACGGUAUCUGCCUGACCUGAGCUCCUGGCACGACUCCCGCAUCCAACCAAACGCAGCUCCGGAAGUCCUUUUACAAUGCAACGGUCGACUUGAACUUACAAAUGUCGUCGAUUUGUUGACACUGCUGUUCGCCGAGCUUCCGUCAAAGGAUGAUACUAUCCUUCACGUUGAAGCGAGUAAUCCCGACAAUCGUCUGAGCAAGGCGCAAACCGCCACCCUCACGCGUAUCGCACACAUCCUCCGACACGACUUCGGCGUUGGUGCCUCGAUCAACGGUCAAGUUGUGGUAGUCUGCAUCUCUUUCGGAGAGGUCCUCCUUCAGGUGGAGCUUAUCAAAUACAAGGGUCUCCAGGUUGCCCCAGCCGAACUUGAAGCGCUUCUCCUAUCCCAUCCGGCAUACAUAGUGACGGAUGUCAACAAGAUUUCCGAGGGCGAGGUGCAGGCAUCUGUCAAGCGCGAGCUGGCUUCGUAUGAGCGGCUUCGGGGUGGCGGAGAGUUCCCUUCCAGCUAA